UUAGCAUAAGCCUGGAUGGAUAUGACUGUGCAGGAGCUGUCCAGUUUUCCAUAAAUGGAAAAAAAAGUUACUUUUGUGACUUGGGUGAAAGAGAAGCCAAUUUUUUGUGCGAAAGCCUCAAUUGCAGUGCGUCCAAGGAGAUCGUUAAGGAGGAAUGGAUGGGUUGGAAACACUUACAAAACUCAGAGAUGACCCUCAACUGUGCAGGCAUUAAUGAUGUACAAAAUCUGUGGCAGUGUGCAAAGCAGGGACCACAAGUAUGCAAAAAUCCUGUUUCUGUCAUAUGCAAAGAUCAUGAAAGACUGCAACUCGAAGGAGAUCCAUCAAAUGUAUGUUCUGGGAAAACGAUGGAAAAUGGCAAAAGGAUUUCUUAUAAUAACAGCAAAUCCAGCCUUAAUGUGUGCCAACAAAUGAACUGUGGUACUGUUUAUAAGCAGACAGGCGAUAAAGUGACAUGCACAGACAAUAUUAAAGUUGUUCUAAGGGAAAACAACAAACCCAGCACCUGCUAUGGUGCAGUACAUAUUCAAGUGAAUACUUCAUUGCUGCCUGUGUGUGGCAACAGCUGGACCGAGAAGAAUGCUGAAGUAGUUUGCAAGGAGCUAAACUGCGGGAAGGUGGUUCCUUUUGAUAAGACGAAAAAAACAACAACAAGAAGAGGCAUAAUGGACUAUGUGAAAUGCUCAGGCGAAGAGUCUUCACUAUGGCACUGUAGGGCCAAGCGUGACAAAACACCUUUCACAUGUGAUUCCAUGGCCUACGUAGUCUGUGCAGCUAGUAUUGACGUGAGAUUAGCGGACGGUCCUGGAAAAUGCGCUGGGAGAGUAGAGAUCAAGCAUGAGGGCCAAUGGAAAAGAGUCAGAAAAAACAAUUGGAAAGAAACCAACUCAGAUGCUGUCUGUAGACAACUGAAAUGUGGAAAUAAAGGAAAAUCCAACAGUUCUGAAAAAUUCAGUAAGGGUUCAGGUCGUUUCCUGGAUGACAAAGUAGACUGCAGUGGAAACGCCGCAAACAUAAAUGAGUGUUUUGAAAAAAACCAACAACACUCAGGUAAAGAGGACGAGCCAGUGGGGAUAAUCUGUGAGGAUCACAAGGUGGUAUUUCUGAAGGGAAAAAAGGCCUGUUCUGGCACCGUGGGGAUAGAACAUGGCACCAAAACCCACUGGCUCUCCGGGUCUAACGAGACAUGGAACCAAUACUCUGCAAACGCAGUAUGUCAGCAGAUGCACUGUGGGAAAGCCACCCAGUAUAACUUCAUCGAUAGUAAAAUGUUCAAAGAAGGAGUUUGGAAAGAAUCUUACAGCUGCUUACCCAACACCAAAUCUCUGUUUGAAUGUGAAAACAGGACAUUGCCAUCUAACCACAGUGACACUAUUGCCAGUGUGACAUGCUCAGGAAAAAUCAAAAUAAACCUGGCCAAUCAGUGUCAUGGGCGCGUCAACGUUUGUGUGAAUGAGACAUGUGGAGGUGUGUGUGCAGACACCUGGACAGAACAAAUGUCUUUGAUGCUGUGUAAAAACCUCGGCUGCGGGGAUAAAAUCCUACAUCUACAAAAAAAGCAUGAAAUAAGUAACGUGAUCAUCCAGAGCUUGCACACUACACAGCACACCACCAAAGUGAACCAGUGCAACUUGGUCAGAAGUGCUGAAAAUGGUGAAGCCUGUGAGAACAAAGCAGCCUAUGUUGCUUGCUCAGGUAGUGUCAAGGCCAAAAUGUCAAAUGCCAAAAUGUCUUCCAAUUACACAUGUUAUGGAAAUGUCGUGCUGCACUAUGACGACCAGUGGCUCCCUGUGUGUAUGGCUGCUCUUAACGACACGAAAACUCAAAACGCCAUCUGUGGGGAGCUGAAAUGUGGUCAUGCUCUCAAGACGAUUGACUUUGGACCAUCAGUAAGCGGUCAAGUCAUUUCAGAAAUGCAUUGUUCUGCAAACGGCAAGGAGUCAUUACAAGCUUGUAAUAUCACUUCUACCACGAGCACCUGCACUCAUGGUUUCCUCAAAUGCGCCGGCUGGAGUCAGAUGGCGGUGGAAGGCGGCAAGUCCUGUAGUGGAAAUGUGUUUGUUUUCUCAGAAAGAGUAAACAUGACAGCUUUUCCCCCUGACAAGUGGACAGACACUAGGGGGAAUAAGUUUUGCCAGGAUCUGGAAUGUGGCAACUUAAAGUCAAACAAGACAAUUACAUUGCAGCAGCAGCAGCGGCUAUUUAUUGAAUGUGAAGGUGAGCAUAGGCUCAACCUUUCAGACAAGUGCCAUGGUGACGUGACGAUAAAUGGAGUUGAAGUGUGCGACAGUGACUGGAAAGACCAAUCCCACUUGGUUUGCCAAGCUCAGGACUGUAGCAACGCUGUUGUUGGUAUCCCUAGUGUUAGAAUGCCUAAUCCAGCUGUGGACUACCAUCAUUUCAAAUGUGAGGAGCACCAUUACAAACUUAGCCAGUGCCUUCAUUUCAAGGGAAAGUGUAACAGAAAAUUGGUGUCUGUUUACUGCACUGAGAAUGUCAAGUUCAAUACUACAGAAAAAUGUGGAGGUCAGAUUGAAGUCAAUUAUCGAAAUAAGUGGGAAAAAGUGUGUCCCCUGAAUUCAUCAUUUACCUCUGAAUUUAAGGAAAAGCUGUGUAAAAACCUUAACUGUGGUGGUCUCGCUCUUAAAAUACAGAACAACAACAACAAGAAAACGGACAUCUUGGAAACACACCUGCAUUGCACAACUGAUCACAUGGACAUCAAACACUGUGUCAUCCACGAGCGUUGUUCAAACGUUACACCAGCUGAGAUCUACUGUGAUGGGUAUGUGAUAAAACUACCGCCCACAGGGCCACCCAGGCCAAUCUCCAUAGUGCCUAUUCUCCUGGGAGUAGGAUUACUUUUGGUUCUGGUGAUAGUGAUUGUUGUGUUUAUAAGAAUCUUCAUUGUCAAGAAAGCCAAGAAUGUCUCAUCGAGAAUGUUCCCAAGACAAGAAGUAGAGUUUGAAAGUGGCGACUAUGAGGAUGUCAAAAGCAAAGAAAAUGAAAUGGAAGAAUCUCAUCGUGGCAGGUUCAGAUCAGAGGCUGAAGUCAUCACAGAGAGUGACACCAGGAGCAAUGCCUCAUUUUCAUACGAUGAUAUUGAUGAAGCUGCUGAGGCUCAGCCCCUGACCUCUAAGGCCGCCACUGCUGGUCCCACAGAUGAGGUGACCUAUGAGGUGGAAGACCCACAGGAGAAUUACGACGACAUUGAAACCAGCCCUGAAAUCUCUCAGACUAAAGUUGAAGUCCACGACAGCCCCCAAACCACACCUGAAAGUAUUGCAGCGGCAUCUCCAGCUUUGGUGCAGGAGGAUGAGGACUACCUGGUGCCGGGCCAUGAUGGGUGAGCCAAAACUGGGUUUAAAAUCUGCUAUAAUCAAAUCAAAUCUGGCAAAGUCGAUCACCCCAAAUCAAACCCCCUUUUACUCAUAUGGACAAACAAUAUAAGAGUAAAGAAUCUUUUAUGCAGUAGACAUUUGCUGAAGUUGUUAAAAUAAACUAAAUCAAAAUUGAGAGCAUAAAAAUCAGAUUGCGUCCCUAUAUAAAAGCAAUUCAAGUGAAUGUAUGGUUUGAAACUUAAAGAUUGUGCAGUUUGUAAAUAGGAAAAAUUACAUUUGUCAGAAAACAUAAUCUGAGUAUGUAAUACUAAUUUGUGUACCACCCGUGAGAUUUAGUUAUCUUUAUUUCUUCUUUUACAUAAGUGUGUAUUAUUAAUGUAAAAUGUGUUGUUGAGGGAAAUUUGUGGUAAAAUAUUUUUUCUCUUGUGAUAAAGAUUUCACAAUGCAAAGAUAGUGUCGUGGAAAGGAUUUUUAUGUUUAUAUCAUUCAUUCUAAUUAUUAGUGCCUGUUGUUGAUUUAUUGGCUUUUAUGAAAUGUGCCCAAUCACAUGUUAUUUUCUGAUUAAAUGUAUGCCUACUUUAAAAAAAAAAAAUAUUGAUGGAUAUAGUAGUUGAGCUUCCAUGGUUUCCGCAAUAUUAUUUUGCUUGAGUUUGUCAAUUUAUCUAUUAAAUGCAAUCCAUCAAUACACCUUUCUAUAGUCAUAAAAUAAGCUCUAUAAUGCAAAGAUAUAUGUUAAAUAAAUAAAAUAAAUAAAUGUUACAUCAGUCAAACUCCUUGUGUAACACGGCUGAUACAGCAAACUCAGGUCAUGUUAUGACAUUGUUACAUUGCAUAUUUUAUGUGUUUAUGAGCUUUGUAAGAAUGUUUAACCAUGUUUUUAAGGAAUAGAUGCCAAGACUUAGAUGAGAAGAUUUAUACCACUCUCAUAUCUGAACAGUAAAUAUGAAAUUACAGCCAAAAGUUAUUUUUACAUAGCACAAAGACUGCAAACAGAGGGACACAGCUAGCCCGGCUCUUUCCAAAGGUAAGAAAAGACACCCAGAAGCAUUUCUGAAGCUCACUGAUUAAUACAUUUUAUCUAGUUUGUUAAAUUUGGACAAAACCACAGUCAAAUCAAGAAGUUUUACAGAGGGUUAUGUGCGAGACUAUUCCUCGACAAUGUGUUGUCUUCAGUGUUUGUAAGGUAUCAAUCUUCUCAUUUAACUCUCUGCAAGAAAGCAAAUACAUGUAAUUCCCAAAAUGUCAAAAUAUUCCUAUUUAUCAUGAAUAUAAUGUUCAGUUAGCCAUGAAUGUCAUCUUUAUCGUUUGUCUUCAACAACACUGUAGGUGUUGUAAAGUACUUACUAAACUUGUAUUUACUAAACUGAUUAAAAAACAGUAAAUAAUAGUAAUAGUUAA